AUGCCUUUUCCAGCAACUCCAUCACCAUUCCGCCUCUCCCGCCGCAACCCACCUACGCGCCGUAGUGGCCCUCAAUUCGCCCCUACACCUCGGUUCCUGUUAUCACAAAGUGCAACACAAAAGGAAGAUGAUAAUCUAGAUGUGAUAGAUGACGAUGGGCCAUCUUCAACGCGUAAAGUCGCGCGUGACCCACCUGCUACACAGAGUGCUCCCCGCUCGCGCCAACAACGCGACGUGAUCGAGGAUUCUGAUGAUGAUGCAGAUAUAGGGCAUGUGAGAAUCAGAGGGAGAGAAGCGGACAAUCUACCAGAUGACGCCAUAAACAGUACUCCUCCCGAAGAACCAGACAACCCGGGCAUCCUGGACGCUGAAUUCGACGCACUGUUUGCGCCGGUCCGAGAUGGGAAUAAACGGCGUCGUGUGGAGGGAGCGACACCGUUUCGAAGUAAUCUGACACAGAUUGAUCCAAUAUUGUCAUCACCACCCAGAACUGCGAACCCUCCAGCCGAUCCCAUCGAUUUGCCCGAUAAAAGCAGGCAAAACACUACAACAUGGGAGAUGGGUACCCAGGGAACUCCUGCACCAAGUGCACGGCCAUUUGCACCACCUACAUCAACCCCAAGCAAUAUGAAAACACCGUUCCGCAGUCGUCCUCGUUUUAUGCUUUCCUCAACGGCGAAACCUCCCAGCAGCCAGUCUACACCCAAAUUUAAACUAGACACACCGAGGAUAUCGCCGCCUGAGAGACGGAAACCGGCUUUUGUUUUGCCUCGCUCACCGUCGCCGAAUCCGGAUGUAGAGGAUAUACCUGCACCGUUCUCUCCCUCCUCGCGCACACUGCAUCGCCGUGGUCGAAACCGAGCCGGGGUGUCCAAUUAUAUUCCUGGCGGAAUGGCCGCCGAGGUACGCGGCUGGAUCUUAGAAAUGGGGACGAAACGUGACCAGUUGCCAAAAACACCCUUGGUUGAAGCUCCAGACUCGCGGGUGGCGGAUGCCUCGCUGGAAAAGCUAAAUGCGUAUCUUCUAACUGCGCGUGUGAUCCAUGCCAGCCAGUCAGCGUUGAGCGGCUGUGGCUCUUUCGCCUUUGUUCAAGCAGAAGUGCUUACUGGGAAUCAUGUGCAAGGGAGAAAUCCUGAUACAGCCUUGAAUAUCAUGAUAAUGGGGCCUUCGCGAUCUAAAUCCGCUGUUCGUCCAAUUCCCUCGCAUUCUGAUGCCACUCUAACGCCCCAUCUGCGGAAAGGGGAUUUGGUAGGGAUACACAAGGGGCUUAACUGGAGUUUGGAGCUUGGAGAUCCCUUUUUCGAACAUCGAACACCUGGUCAAAUAUCUGACCAGGUGUUGAAUUGUGGUCCACCUGAAAAUGGCGGACACCCAGAAACGAAAGAAAGUUGGCUCAUAGCCAUGGAAUGGGACCUUGUUGAAGCAGCUGAAUGA